CAUGGCGGCGCCGGCGCUGGAGCCCUGGCUUGCAGCGGCUCCGCGGAAAAGGAGCUCUGCCGCGCGGCGACCGCGGCGGAAAGGGGUGGCGGCGGCCCGGUGCCCGGAGGCGGAUGGCGAGGCGGACGACCGAGUGACCCUCCGUCGCAUCCAGGAGGCCCGGGAGGACCUGCUUGUCUCUGAUUUCUGGAGCUCAGCACUCGAAACCAUCACUGCAUGUCUCACGAAACAUCUGGAACUGAAGGCCACUAAGGAAACUCUCUCCGAGGCCCUUGGAAACCUGCAUCUCGACUCACCUGGUGAUGAGUCGGCAGUGAGCACUGGCUCCGUCCCAGGAAAGACGCUGGUCGUGGGCAACUGCCCUCUGAAGUGUGUGUGUUAUGGCCUUGGGAACUUUGCCACCUGUGUCAUAGCCAGGAGCCAACUAACGUUUUUGCUUCUCUUCAUGGACAAGUUUCAGAUUCCCAGGAGUCACUGCUGGGUCUACGACCCUCAGUUUAGCCAGCUCGAAACUGCAGUUCUCCGCAGCCUUGGUGUGACUGUUCUCGGUGAAAACGAGGAAGGGAAGCGGAGUAUCUGCGGCGAGCCCACGGUCUUUUUCAUGCUCCACUGUGGGACAGCCCUGUACAACAAUCUCCUGUGGAGUAACUGGUCAAUAGAGGCCCUUUCCAAGAUGGUCAUCAUUGGGAACAGCUUCAGCGGCCUGAAGGAAAGGUUGUUGACAAGGAUUCUGAAGGAAAAUUAUACCUACAUCGCAAAGAUUUUAGAAGGACUGGAGGAGCUGGAGUUUCCACAGGCCUCACAGUACGCGGAUGUCUUCAAUGACACCUCUGUUCACUGGUUCCCUGUACAAAAACUGAAACAGCUGCCCGCAGAGAUUUGGGCAUUUCAGGAAGAACCAGAUUAUCAGGACUGUGAGGACCUUGAAAUCAUCAGGAACAAGGCCCGGCAGCCACGGACUUGAACUUGCUGAAGCCUGUUCAGU